GAGCACAUAAACAUCUGUACAUGUUCCAAUAUGGUCGCUCUCGUUCAACAUUGGCUGACAUCAAUUUCGCUGGGCGCGCAGUGGUAGCUUUCGUCCUGUGGACCUGCAAGGCCUGCUUCUUGUUCCACCGUGCGAUCGUCACAGAUCGGACCCCCUGCAUCCAAAAGACCGAGCCUCUCGCUGCCAAGCCAAAACGGCCUUGCCGCCGUCACUGUCAACCCCUGCGCUCGACGAUUUCUUGUAGCUGCGAAGCGCGCCGGACUUGUUCCGAAUCCUGCUGCAGAAAAUGUCGCUCAAAGGAAAGACCGCUUUCAUCACGGGAGCGUCUCGCGGGAUCGGUCUCGAGAUCGCCAAAGCGUUAGCUCGCAAAGGAGCAAACGUCGCUGUUGCAGCAAAGACCGUCGAACCGCAUCCCAAGCUGCCAGGUACGAUUCACACGGCGGUAGGAGAGGUCAAUGCAAUCGGAGAACAAAACGGUACCGGCGCGAGAGGGUUUGCUGUACAAUUGGAUGUGCGCGACGCUGGAGCGGUAGAGAACGCGGUUGAGUCCACGGUAGACAAGUUUGGCGGGCUGGAUAUUGUUGUCAACAAUGCAUCCGCUAUCAAUCUUACCUCAACAGUCAAUGCGACGGUCAAGAGCUAUGACUUGAUGAAUGGCAUCAACUCUCGCGGCACCUGGCUUGUUUCGCGCUUUGCACUACCACACCUGCUCAGGUCCGCUUCGGCUAAGCGCAAUCCACACAUCCUGACCUUUGCGCCGCCUCUCAAUUAUUCGAUUCUCUCAACGGGCCCCAAAGGCUGCUGGCCCAGUGACUUUCAGGCGACCGCAUCAGCAUACACCAUCGCCAAGUUCGGCAUGUCCCUCGCCACGCUGGCGCUGGCAGCUGAGACACUCGGGCAGGUCAGCGUCAAUGCACUGUGGCCGUACACGUAUAUUGGUACCAGCGCCAUGAAAAUCGUUAACCCCGAUGCAGAGACAGAGGAGAAGAGAUGGAGAAGCCCUGAGAUUAUGAGCGAAGCUUCGAUCAGGAUCUUCGAAGAGAACGCAAAAGCUUUCACUGCACAAUUCCUCAUCGACGAAAUUUACCUGAGAAGAAAUCACAAAUUCACCGAUGAACAGAUUCGCGCCUACUCCUUGGGUGGGGCAGAGACUCCUCACGAGACGCUUGCAGAGGAUUUGUUCAUCAGUCAGGAGAUUCGCGAAGAGAUUACCAAGUCUCGCAGAGGGGAGUAACGGAAAAAGGUGACUUGCAAGUUCUAUGUAUGCAGCGCUAACCGGAGGGGGGUUACUCAAAAAGGGAAACUUUGUGCAAAAUACAUUACUGGUACACAUUCUCAAUCUCUGCAGUGUCAUAAAUUGCGAAGCACAUCUGCGAGGAUGCGGUCAAGGGACUACGCGGGUAUAGGACAAGAAGGGGCGAGGAGGUCAGACCUCGCUGCCAGGCCGAGAAAGUGCAACAAUCAAUUGGACUCACCUCAUCAACGCCCUUUAGCUCCUGGCUCAGCGCCACGUACUUUUCCCGCACCUUCUUGUCCUGCAAGACAGGCAUCGGC